CAACCCGCAAAUUCCAGUAUUGUUGCUAAUCGUUAUGGUGGUUAGCUUCACAUAGAUCAUCGAACGCGCCGGCCACAGGCAUAACUGGUCUGGAUUAUUUUGUGACUAGUAGCUAGCUACCUACCUACAUCGGACCCCCCUCCCCCGAUCUAGCUAGCUAAGGGAAAUUUUGUAUUCCAACGACUUUUCAACUAAACUGGAUGUUAUAGUAUUUCCUCUAUUGUCUGGGAAAGCUACCUACAGUAGCGAACGAGACUCCAUCUUGCAUGUGAUUUGGAAGGCGGCUAGCUAGCUAAACUAGUUUUUCAGACGUACUAUGGCGAAAGAUCUAAAAACGAUGUUCAUACGGUGUUGUGGGUAUUUGCAAGAUCCGCACCAUGUAGCAUCAUUUCAAAAGCUCUGUGGUGUCCAAGGCUCAUUCCCAGUCAAACUGAGCAGGAAGGAAUGGGAAAAUGAUUUUGUUAACGGUGCCUGCGUGAAACGCUACCAGGACCAAAGUGGAAACGGCGAGGGACAUGUUGGCGGACAGCAAAUCGAAGGUCCUCUGCAAAGAAAAAGCGUAACUGCCGGAGAACAACAUAACGACUGUUCAAACAAGCUGCAACAUGGAACAGCUCUGGUGUCUGGGAUAGGGGAGACAACCGAACAACAGACUGUCUCCCAUGAGGGAAACAGACAAAGUAGCGGCGGUAGAUUGACUGGGAAGUUGUCCAAAACUGCUGAGAGUGACCGCGAGAAUGGGGACUCUAGUGGAAGGGUCAAACCUCUUCGCAGGAACUCACUGACUGGGGAUGUAGGCCAGGAGUUUAUUAUUCAGAAUAAGUUCCUAUUCUACCUUUUCACAUUCGGGUCCGAGCUUGGUAACGAGAUGUUCUUCAUUGUUUUCUUCCCCUUCCUAAUUUGGAAUGUAGAUGCAUUUGUCAGCCGGCGAAUCCUUGUGGUCUGGAUUUGGAAUCUUUUCCUCGGCCAAUCUACCAAAGACAUUGUCCGCUGGACACGACCAGCAUCUCCGCCUGUGGUUAAAGUGGAGGUGUUUUACAACUCGGAGUACAGUAUGCCAUCAACGCAUGCCAUGUCCGGGACCGCCAUCCCUUUCUCUCUCUUCCUACUCACGUAUGGACGCUGGCAGUACCCUUUCCUGUUUGGCUUGAGUCUGGCCAUCUGCUGGAGUUUCCUCGUCUGUGUAAGCAGAGUCUACAUGGGCAUGCACUCUGUCCUGGAGGUCAUCACUGGCUUUCUAUAUAGCCUGCUGAUCCUGGCCGUCUUCCAAUCAACGUUGGACCAGAUUGACAGUUUCUACCUGACGAGCCACCAUGCACCACUAGUCAUUGUCAUCCUGCACGUAGGCUUAGGCUUCCUGGCCUUCACCCUGGACUCAUGGAGCACCUCGCGGGGUGACACAGCGCAGGCUCUGGGCACUGGGGCCGGGGCUGCCCUGGCCUCCCACCUCAACCACCAGCUGGGCCUGCUGGCCGACCCACCACUUUCCUCCCUGCCCCUGGCACUGCCCCCCCUGAGUGCCGCCCUAUUGGCCCGCUCCCUGCUGCGCCUACUGCUUGGGGUGGUCGUCCUGCUUGCCACCCGGGCUACAAUGAAAGCAGUCACCAUUCCGCUGGCCUGCCGGGUGUUUGGGCUGCCUGCUGGCGAUGUUCGGCAGGCACGGCAGCACAUGGAAGUUGAGCUAUCUUACCGCUACAUUGUCUAUGGCACUGUGAGCUUCAGCUGCGUCUGUCUGGUUCCCCUCCUCUUCAGCUACCUGAACCUCUCCUGAACACACUCGAUAAUCUGCUAAUCAGCCUCCUCCCCUUGUGCUUAAACAGUACAUAUGUACAGCAGAGACAUGGCCACAUGCCUAUUAUAUUAUGGUGAUAAGAAGACCGGGAGACUAAAAAACAAAUGUCAACUCUAAACGUGUUCACCAACUUUUUUGGGAGGGGUUGUCUUUUUCAUCUCUGUCACCAGUUGUCAUGUUGUCUCAGUCUGUGCCGUUAAAAGUAAGGCCAGCUAGCACAUAACGUUCUGAGAACCAUAUGUUUCUUAGUGCUUGGUGAGAGUGUGGUUGUCUCAUGGUUAUUUUGCAUACAACCUUCCCACAAGUUUCUGGGAAUGGCGCAUGAUAGUUGCUUGGCUUUGAAACAUUCUCAGCACAUUUAAGGAACUUUAUGUGCUGAGAUAUUUCAUUGCUAUAACAGAAAGUUUCCCAAAAGUUCAAACAUGGUUACAUUUAAAUUUUGGUAAAGUUUUAGGAACGUUCUCCAACUGGUUUGACAUUGGGUAUGUUCUCAAAUAGUUCUGAGAACGUUCUUCUGUAGGAAUUUCAGUACUUCAGCAUUACGUUUCCCCAUGGUUCUAUUUAAAGCAAUGUUCUCAAACUGUUCUAGAAUGUUAUUUAAAAAUAUAUAUAUAUAAUUCUGUUCUCAGCGUCAACAGCAUCUUUGUUAAGUGUGUUGGUCGCGCCCUCUAAUUGGCCACACCUGAUCUUAAUGAGUGCUUGUUUCCUUUGAAAUGGCUUCCGUUUGAAUAGACUAAAAUCAACAGCGUUGUAUGAGUAAAAAAAAAACAUUGCAUGCUAGCUCCAUCCUGGUGGCGCAGUGGACUGAUUCCAUUGAUAGAAAACACAAGAUCAUAGGUUUGAAUUUCAUUGACGCCAUGUCACAAAAAAUAAAUGUGUUGGCAUGAUUUAAUGCCUACGCAAAUUAAUGUCCAUGUGUUCUUCCUGUGCUCGGAGUUCAAAACAGUUAAACUAAGCUAGCAGUGUUAUUAAAAACUCUUAUUGAAAUAUGUUCUUUGAAUGUUAUUUAAUUAAGUUCAAAUCAGAAUGUUAAUAAAACCUCCUGGAAAACUUUCAGGGAACCAUAGUAAAAUGUUGUCAGAACCUCUCUGCUACCUAAAAAUGGAUGUUCCCGGAACAGGCAAAAAUGUUCACUUCUGUUCUCAGAACGUUUAAGAAAUGUGUUUUACUGGUCAGGAAAUUUAUGGUUUCAUUCCCAGAACCAAAAGGAAACCAAAAACGUGCGUUCCCACAACUUCCAAUGAACCAAACGUGCUAGCUGGGAGGUGUUUGUUUUAUAUCAGCCAAAAUCCAUCUCCUCUUGAUUACGCUCUGCUCCAAACAGAAGGCCCUUUAAUAGAAACACAGAUACUGGCCCCAGUUUUUUUCAAAACAUUUAAGCCAGAUCAAAACGAUCCUGCGUUGUUCAAUUCUGUUCCCCGUUCAGAUGUAGUCCCUCAUUUUUGUAUGUAGUUUUAAAAAGACACUGAAGCAAAUCUCUAACAUAUCACAUGUGCUACAACAAAGAUCAUGUUAUAUGAUCCCAUGAGAUUUGGGUAGACUUUUUUUAUUUGUGUAUCUUUCUAAAAUUAAGGGGAACAAAGUUGAUUGUGGAAACAGGAUUUAGACAAAAUAUCCCCUCUGUUCCAUACAGGCCCUUAUCCUGCUCACUACAUCAAUAUUAUUUACCCUUGAAACAAAUAAACAGGUACCUCUUGAAACAAUAAACUGGACUCAAUUCCAACCCCUACAAGUGCAGUUUGAUGUCAUUUCAGUUAUCAUUUUCCCUUGAAUUUAUAUUUUUGUUCAUAGGAACAUACCACAAAAAUGGCACCUUACCAUUUGAGAGAGACCAUGCCCCUCCUGGAUGUUUUUUCCUCUCAGAAAUAUGUGAGAUUUGCAACUUGCAAGUGGAAGGAACACUUAUAAAUUGAAUAAUGCAAGUAUGUAAAAUGUUUAAUACAUAUACAGGUUAGGCAGAGUAGAGCAUGGUGGGAUGUGGAGGCAUGGGCAAUGAAAUGUUGUGGCAUUCAGAGCUUGAGUUAUGUGGUUGACUAAACAGUCAAUGAUACUCACUGUGAUCUCAAGGCAUGAUUAUUGGGGCAUUAAUCUGAUGUAAUUACAAUGGUUGUGUUUACACACGAGGCCUACUAAUAAGAUUUUGUUUCAUAUUCAAUCCUUUUGUCUGGCUGUCCACAUUUUAGUUUUACACAUUUACAUUGCACAUACACAUUGAUGCUGCCUCUGAAAUAGCACACAGACGCAAUGAUCAUUUACUGUCACUGUUCCUUUCUAUCUUUUGGUGAUUUUUUUUCUAUGUUAUGUUAGGUCUUUAGCUAAACCUCUUUGGUUUUAUUUAUAAUGUAGACUACUGUAACAGUUGUGAUAUCUCUGACGGGCUGACAUGCUUGCAACCAAGAUCAGGGUUUGUUUCAACCUUGUGACACUGAGAAUGACACAAAAAAAUCAGUUGAGAGCAAAAACAUCUGAGCGGCCAGACUCCGGUCACAUGUAGAGCAUUGGAAAUGUAUAGGAUUUUAGUACCACAUACAAAUGUGGUACUAAAUUGGAACUCAAAAGAUCAGGGACCUCAUUUAUAAAACAUUCUUAUGCACGUAUUUGAUUGUACAUUUAGCUUAAAAUGAAAUCCACAACAGAUUAUUAUUUAAAAACCUUAAUGUGUCUACUUCUAAGUAAGCAACAGACCAUGCUUACAACUGUAUUGCAAGCAAGAUGUCAUUUUGCUCCUUUGGACAAAUGGAGGUGUAUGCCAUAGGUUAUUAUGUCAACACACAUGAUCCAGUACAUUUCAUUCAUAAUCAAUUAACUGUAAGGAUGUUGAUCUUAGGAUUUGUGGUCUGUGAAUAAAUAUUAUUAUUAUGGUUAUAUUAAGACAAACAGGAAAAUGAAAUAAAUUGUUGUCCACUUCAUGAAACAAUUUGGUGAGUUGGUGAAAGCACAGUAUGGGAAAAUGUUAUUUUUUAUUUUUAUCAUAAUAGUAUUGCAGGAUAAUUCUCGUCUGUUCUUACAUGACAAGCUUAAAUCUGUAGUGCCAAAUGCAACCAACAUUGGCCACCAUAUUACCACAAGGUGAUCUCUCGCUAAACCAUCAAUUCACACUAAGAUCACCCGCACAGGGAUCUCAAUUACUUUCAACAUUUCUUGUUCCCUUAAAGUCGAGCUACGCGCUAGGUUGGUGUGAUCUUCGUCUGCUUUCGCCCAAAAUGGUUCGCUUUUUUUCUUGACAGGGUAUUAUUUGUGGUAUACACCUGGUCAUUGAGCAGACCAAGCACAGAUUUACCUAUUUGACAAUCAUUCCGUACAACUGAAAUAAACAAUUUCCUCAUUUUCCAUGCAAAAUCUACUGUGGCAAUUUACCCUACACAUUUUAUGAAUGGAAAACUCAUGUGUACGUACUUUUCCAUUUCCAAUUCAUGUAAUACAUUAACAACUUGUCGUAAUACUGUAUGGGCAUUUCUUAUCAAGAGGAUCAAUUAACAUAUCCCAGAACUGUCCACUUCUAAAAUGUGUAAUUAAAUCAAGACGAUCACAAUUGAGUUAAUAUAAUCUGUUUUAAUUAAAUUGUUGUGAAAUGAAGUUGUCAAAUGACUUUUUAAAUUCUAAUUAUGUUGAAAUUUAAGAUGAAAUGUUUGAAUGAAAUAUUCUUACAAUGAA